GCCGUGGCCAACCCCUCUAUAAACCCUCUCGUUUCAAUACACUUGAACUCUCAGUUGGAUUCACUUCCUGUAACUCCCUCUUCAGAUUUGAAAGAACCAUGGAUGACAGUUUAUAUGAUGAAUUUGGAAACUACAUUGGACCAGAAAUUGAGUCUGACAGAGAAAGUGAUGGAGAUGAUCAAGAUGAGGACAUCCCUGACAAGCCUGAUGAAGAGGAAAUGGUAUCUGAUGUUGAGGAUGCAGUUGCAGCCUCUAAUGGGUGGAUAACUGCAUCUAAUGAUGUUGACAUGGACAACCAGAUUGUCCUUGCUGAAGACAAAAAGUACUAUCCUACUGCUGAAGAAGUCUAUGGUGAAGAUGUUGAAACCUUGGUAAUGGAUGAAGAUGAGCAACCUCUUGAACAACCAAUAAUCAAACCUGUUAGGAAUAUUAAGUUUGAGUUGGGAGUGAAGGAUUCGUCGACAUAUGUGUCAACCCAGUUUCUUUUGGGUCUUAUGUCAAACCCAGCUUUGGUUCGGAAUGUUGCUCUGGUCGGACAUUUACAGCAUGGAAAGACACUAUUCAUGGACAUGCUGGUUGAGCAAACACACCAUAUUUCAACAUUUGAUUCAAAUAGUGAGAAGCACAUGAGAUACACAGAUACGAGGAUUGAUGAGCAAGAGAGAAGGAUAUCAAUUAAGGCUGUUCCCAUGUCACUUGUUCUUGAGGAUAGCAAUUCAAAAUCUUAUCUUUGUAACAUCAUGGACACUCCAGGUCAUGUAAAUUUCUCUGAUGAGAUGACUGCUGCUCUCAGACUUGCCGAUGGUGCUGUCUUGAUUGUGGAUGCUGCUGAAGGAGUAAUGGUAAAUACAGAAAGGGCUAUACGCCAUGCAAUCCAAGAGCGCCUUCCUAUUGUACUUGUAAUCAAUAAGGUUGACAGGCUGAUCACUGAACUCAAAUUGCCCCCAAAGGAUGCUUAUCAUAAGCUAAGGCAUACUCUGGAACUCAUCAAUAAUCACAUAUCUGCUGCCUCAUCAACUGCAGGAAAUGUCCAAAUCAUAGACCCGGCUGCUGGAAAUGUCUGUUUUGCUAGUGCUAGUGCAGGAUGGUCUUUUACUUUGCAAUCAUUUGCUAAACUAUAUGUCAAACUCCAUGGCGUCCCAUUUGAUGCCAAUAAGUUUGCAUCUCGGCUUUGGGGAGAUAUGUAUUAUCAUCCUGAUGCUAGGGUUUUCAGGAAGAAACCGCCUGCAAGUGGAGGGGAAAGAUCAUUUGUCCAGUUUGUGCUUGAGCCCCUCUACAAGAUAUAUAGCCAAGUAAUUGGAGAACAUAAGAAGAGUGUGGAGAGUACCCUUGCAGAACUGGGUGUCACUCUCAGCAAUGCAGCCUACAAACUAAAUGUUAGGCCUUUGCUGAGGUUGGCCUGUAGCUCAGUCUUUGGUUCAGCGACAGGUUUCACUGAUAUGCUGGUUCAGCAUAUUCCUUCUGCCAAAGAUGCUGCAGCUAAGAAGGUUGAUCAUAUUUAUACUGGACCCAAAGAUUCUGCAAUAUACCAGGCCAUGGAAGAUUGUGAUUCUUCUGGUCCUCUAAUGGUUAAUGUGACUAAACUGUAUCCAAAGUCUGAUUGCAGUGUUUUUGAUGCUUUUGGUAGGGUUUAUAGUGGUGAAAUCCAAACAGGGCAGACUUUACGUGUGCUGGGAGAAGGCUAUUCACCAGAAGACGAAGAGGAUAUGACAGUAAAGGAAGUUACAAAAUUAUGGGUUUAUCAAGCUCGUUACAGAAUACCCAUAAGCAAGGCUCCUCCUGGUUCUUGGGUUCUCAUUGAAGGUGUGGAUGCUUCAAUUAUGAAGACUGCCACACUUUGUAAUUUGGAUUAUGAUGAGGAUGUAUACAUAUUUCGGCCUCUUCUGUUUAAUACUCUUCCAGUAGUUAAAACAGCUACUGAGCCUUUAAAUCCAAGUGAGUUGCCCAAAAUGGUGGAGGGUCUUAGGAAGAUCAGUAAGAGCUAUCCUUUAGCAAUUACUAAAGUUGAGGAGUCUGGAGAACACACUAUUUUAGGUACUGGGGAGUUGUAUUUGGAUUCUAUCAUGAAGGACCUUAGAGAACUGUAUUCUGAAGUUGAAGUCAAGGUGGCAGAUCCUGUUGUAUCAUUUUGUGAAACUGUGGUGGAGUCUUCAUCAAUGAAAUGUUUUGCUGAAACACCCAACAAGAAGAAUAAAAUAACCAUGAUUGCAGAGCCAUUGGAGAAAGGACUCGCGGAGGAUAUCGAGAAUGGUGUUGUAAGCAUUGAUUGGCAUCGAAAGAAACUUGGUGACUUUUUUCAAACAAAAUAUGACUGGGAUUUGCUGGCUGCAAGGUCCAUAUGGGCAUUUGGGCCAGAUAAGCAGGGGCCUAACAUUUUGUUAGAUGAUACUCUCUCUAGUGAAGUUGAUAAGAACUUACUAAAUGCUGUCAAAGAUUCCAUUGUUCAAGGAUUUCAAUGGGGUGCCCGAGAAGGACCCCUGUGUGAUGAGCCCAUCAGAAAUGUUAAGUUCAAAAUAGUCGAUGCAAGGAUUGCACCUGAGCCCUUGCAUCGAGGAACUGGUCAGAUCAUUCCUACAGCUCGGCGGGUGGCCUACUCUGCAUUCCUUAUGGCAACUCCACGACUUAUGGAACCUGUAUACUACGUGGAGAUACAAACACCAAUAGACUGUGUCUCUGCAAUCUACACUGUCUUAUCUCGCAGGCGUGGGCAUGUUACAGCUGAUGUUCCUCAACCAGGGACCCCAGCCUAUAUUGUUAAGGCAUUUUUGCCAGUGAUAGAAUCAUUUGGGUUUGAGACAGACUUGAGGUACCAUACUCAAGGGCAAGCGUUUUGCGCCUCUGUGUUUGAUCACUGGGCUAUAGUUCCAGGGGACCCUCUUGAUAAGAGUAUUGUCCUGCGGCCACUGGAACCUGCACCGAUUCAGCACCUUGCUCGUGAGUUCAUGGUUAAGACAAGGCGUAGAAAGGGUAUGAGUGAAGAUGUAAGCAUCAAUAAAUUCUUCGACGAGGCUAUGGUGGUGGAGCUAGCCCAGCAGGCAGCCGACCUUCAUCAGCAAAUGAUUUAAGUCAGGAGACAGGAGUGCAUUCCUCUGUUUAAUCUCAUUUUCUGAUCACUGGAUAUCCUGCAUCACCAAGCAGGGUUUUGUUGUAGAUGUUUUGGUCCUCUUCCUCACAUUUUUCAUCGUAGUUAGCUGUACAAGUUCAAUUCAAAUGCAAAAAACUUGUGCAUCUGAUUGCCAUUCGGGGAUUAAAAAACAACGGAAUUGCCUUUGGUGGAUUUUUGUUACGAAAUUUAAUGCUUUUUUAAUCGUUCCCAAGGCACAGGCCUUGUGUUUUUC